AUGGGAGUUGUUGUGUACCGACUGUUCUUUCAUCCGUACGCCAAACAUCCGGGCCCGUUCUGGGCCAAACUUACCAGUUGGUACUCAGUGUACCAUACCUAUAACGGCGAUCUGCACAUAGACAUCUGGAGAUGUCAUGAGAUAUACGGAAAAGUUGUACGAUAUGCCCCCAACCGCAUCAUCGUCAAUACCGAGCCAGCUUUCAAAGGCAUCUACGGCCAUGGGAAAAAUGUGCGCAAGGCGAAAUCCUACCUCAAAAUCUCCCUUGUGCCUACCGUCCAUCCGACGCUUGGCACCAUGGACAACACCGCCCACGGCAAGCUGCGACGAAUCAUGAAUCAAGGACUAUCAGAUUCCCACAUUCGAACCAUGACGCCCGAGCUGCAAGCAAUUGUUUCUACUUUUGCGGGAGGGAUUGGGGAGAUGGAGGAUCGUUUUCAUACCAGCGGCCCUGUGACGGCCAACAGCGACGAUGACGAGGGAUGGAGCUCGCCCAAAAACAUGGCGCAUUGGUGCGACUUCUUCACCUUUGACGUCAUGUCACAGCUCGUCUUCGGGACUUCAUACCAUCUACUCACGGAUGCAGAGAAUCACUGGAUCGUGGACGGCGUCUGUGGCCAGAUGAGGCGGAUCAGCUUCCUCACCCAGCUGCCUGAAUUGGAGACCAUGAAGUUGCACAAGCUCCUCUUCCCAGAUGCUCGCCGCAGGGCUCUCCGCUUCUCACAAAAGAGCCGGCAGAUUAUGGAGGAGAGACAGGAAAGGGAGAAGAGAGCUGCACAGGCUGACGAAACAGAAGCAGACAAGAGUAAAGCCAAGAUUGACCUCUUCUCCAAACUCCUGCAUGCCAAAGACCCGGAGACUGGCGAGGGUUCCGACACAUCAUCCACCGGAAUGGCGGCCGUCUUCUUCUAUCUUUGCCGCCAUCGCCAUAUAUAUGACGGCGUAGUCAAGGAGGUGCGAGAAGCCUUUCCUGACCCUAGCCAAGUAUGCCCCGGCCCUCAACUGCUCUCUUGCAGUUACCUACGCGCCUGUAUCCGGGAAGCCCUUCGACUAGCGCCCUCGGCAGGAGGAGCGAUGUGGCGAGAGGCACUUUCCGGUGGCCUCUCCAUCCCCGGCACAGAUAUCCAUGUCCCUGCCGGCCUGGAAGUAGCUACGGGAAUCUGGUCCCUAAACCAUAAUGCGGAAUACUUUCCAGAACCUUUCGCCUACCGACCAGAGCGCUGGCUGCCGGCCGAAACUGGCGACGAGGCCGUGUCGCGGGCCAAGUCUGCCUUUGCGACCUUUUCUCACGGACCGCGUAAUUGUGUCGGCAAGGGAUUGGCCAUGCUGGAGAUUUCGUUGGCAAUGGCAGCAGUAAUCAGCCGGUAUGAGUUCCGCGCUGUUGAGGAUGAGGACCUGAGAAGGGUGGGCGAGGGUAGGGGUGACUUGAAGGGACAGUAUGAUACCUUUUGGGCAUUUACGAGCCUGAAAGACGGGCCAUAUGUUCAGUUUAGGCCAUACAAAGUGUGA